AUGACCGAGGAAGAUGCGCGUCUAGUGGAAGAAGAAUUCAAGAAAGUGAGCUCACUACUGUCCUGGAGCGAAACUUUCUUGACGAUUGGCGGAAUAUGGCCGCUUGAUAAAACCUACAAGCGCGCGACCUUCUUUACAAUUUAUCUGACGUUCCAAUUGAUAAUGGAGUACGGAGAACUUCUGGCUGUGUUCGGGGAUCUUGAAGCUAUGGUGCUCAGUGUUCUUGAGUCAGUGAUGCAGAGCUUGGUCUAUACCAAGCUCAUUGUCUUCAGGUACAGUGUCAUGUUGAGGAGCCUGAUCUUCACAAUCAAGGAGGACUUUGAAGAUACUUAUUACGAAGAUUGGGUGGAAAAGAAGAUAUACUUGGAGUACAAUGCCUUGGCGAAGUUGUUUUAUAAAAUUUCCAUGCCUUAUAUUACUGUCGCGGCUACGCUGUACUACUUAAGACCUUUUUUGACCUAUUACGUCAUCAUGCCUCUAAUAACCGACACAAGCAAUCUAACGUUCCUAGUACUUCCAUUCCGGCUGAAGCUAUUCUUCUCUAUUGAAACGACCCAGUCGUACUUCAUAAUGUACGGCUACUUGUCACCAAUGGUCUACCUGUUGAUAUGCCAUAACGCAUGGAUUUGCCUUUUGAUCACAAUGGUGCUCCAUAUUUGCGGACAGUUGGCAGUACUUAAUCAUAGAAUUCGACAUAUUCCUCCAGAUAUUAAUGAAGAUAAGAUCCAAGUAGUCUUCGGAAGACUUGUUCGUCGUCAUAUGCGAUCAAUUUGGAUGGCGAAGAAAUUGGAUGAUACCUUCCAUUUUGUUUUGCUGAUUGAUUUAGUUGGCACAACAUUGUUGCUAGGCCUGAUGUGCUAUAUUGUCAUAAUUGGCUCGAGUAUGAGUGAGAGCUCUUUUGGUUAUGUUUACAUCAUCUGCGCAAUCGCAACAGUAUUUCUUCUCUACGGCUACUGUAUCGUCGGUGAAUGCCUGAUUAAUGAGAGUAAAAAAGUCAACGAAGCUUAUUACGAGUGUCUUUGGUACAAAAGUUCCCAAAAAUUCCGCAAGUCACUGUUAAUUUGUCUGAUCGAGACUCAGGAGCCGCUGAGAAUAACCGCGGGGAAGUUUUUUACAUUUUCACUGUCCGGAUUCACGGAUGUUCUUAAAACGGCCAUGAGUUACUUGAGUAUGUUGCGGAAAAUGACACAGGAG